AUGCUGUCGCUGGCAGACAAGAGACUCUUUUGGGAAGCCCGGAGGAAGGCUGUGGGCGGCCGUAGUGUGGAGACUGCUGGCUCGGCCUCAGGCGAGGAUGACAAUGACGACGAUGAUGAGGAGUCGGACGGUGAGGCUCCUGCAGUGUUGCCGGCUGCUGAGGACAUGGCAGAGGAGAAGAAAGCCGAGUCGGAGCCCGUGGUUGCCACCCCGCCCGCGGGCCGCCCUUGGUGGCGGACUCGCUGUGCCACGCUUUCUGGGCCAAGAGAACAGGGCUACGUUGGCAUCUGCCAGAGCGAGUUCCAGAAGACGGUGAUCACGGAUCGGGUUAAGAAGGCGUACAUGAAG